AAGGAAAAUGGCAGAACCACUAUAAAUAUCUUCGCUCCUUUUCAAAGCCCUCUUAACUGUAAACCCUUCUUUAAUUUUACGCUCGAUUUCGGAGAAGAUGGCUUCCACCAACGCUAACAAUUCUGAAUCUGCUACCGAUGCCCCAACUAAGAAAAUCACCCUCAAGACUGCCGACGACCACUUCUUCGAGGUCGAGGAGUCCGUCGCAAUGGAAUUCGCCACCGUGAAAACUUUUUUCGACGAUAAUACUGAGACAAUGAACGGCACUGUGAUUCCGCUGCCGAACGUAUCCGCGGAAUAUCUCUCCAAAAUUAUCACCUACUGCAGAGAACAUUUGAAGUUCCGUGCAGAAUCGGUGCCAGAGAAAGAAAGGAAGGCUUAUGACGAUAACUUCGUCAAGGAAUUGAGCAACGAAAAGCUCAGAGAGAUGAUACUGGCUAGUAAUUAUCUGAAUAUUAGGACUUUGCUGGAUGUGCUUAAUCAGGCCGCGGCUGAUCUGAUCCAGAACAAGAGCGUCGAGUUUGUGAGAGAAUUUUUUGGGGUUGAGAAUGAUUUCACACCGGAAGAGGAGGAAAGGCUCCGCCAGGAGAAUGCAUGGGCUUUUGAGGGUGUUGAUCAGGACUGAAUUUUUCUUUUUCUUUUUUUUUUUUUUUUUGUUACUAUUCUUAGUUUAGAAGUAUUGCUUGGUUUAAAGCAAUUAGGUUUUGGAGAAAAGAAUGAAUUUUUCCUUUGGUAUAUGAAUGAGACUGUUGCUGCUUAGUUUAAAGCAAUUAGAUUUUCGAAACAGUAAGAAUUUUUCUUUUGGUAGAGCAAUGGAAUUGUGUUUUAUGCAAUAUUUCAACUAAACCUUGUUAUGGGAUUGGACUGGAGGAAGGGUUGCAGUGCUCUUUGCUUGCUUGAAAGUGUUAGCUACUCAUGUCUAAUAGCCUGUUGAUGUAUCAAAUUUUGAAGUUCAUUACAUUCAUUCCA